GAGGGAAGGAGAGUGAGGAUGAGAAGGAUGAUGGGGUGAAGAGGAUCGGGCUGGGCUGGGCGGGCCCGACCUUCCGCCGCCGCCGGGCCGCGCUCGGAGGGGCCGGGGCGGGGCGAUGCCGAGAAAGCGAAAGCGAAAGGCGAGAGCGGAUGCGGGGUCCUCGGUAGCACGGGCCGAGUGGGGGGAGCGGUGCCGGCGGUCAGGGCUCCCCUCGGGACCGGGGCUCCGCCAGCGCCGCGGGAUGGAUUCGGAGGAGAGCUCCUUCGUCCGGCUGCCCCCCGAGGAGGGCCCGCAGGAUAAUGGGUCGGAGAACCCCGAGCAGCUCCGGGAGGAGAUCGAGUGGUGCAAGGAGCUUCACCGUAUUCUGGAGCAAGACUGUGCAAAUCUACAAAUGGCCAAGGAAGCUGCAGAGCAAAGGACAAAAGAGCUGAAAAAAGAAGAAGAACUUCAUAAAGUUCUUGAGCAGCAGCUGACUUUACAUAGAGAUGAGCAGAUUUUUACAAUGAAGGAGGAGAACAACAGACUGAGGCAGGAGAAGCAGAUUCUGGAAAAUAAACUAGAAGAACUGAAGAAGAGGGUCCUCUGGAAUAAUUCUAUGAUGAUGCUGUCUUCCUUGCCGGAAAAGAAAGUGAUUUUUAAGGGACUCACAGUAAAUAAGGAGAACAUGAACAAGCUGAUGCUCACCCCACUGAUCCGCUACCCUCUGCCAGGUGGUUCAGCUCUCAUCACCUUUGAGGAGGCAAAGGUGGCCCAGAGGAUCAUAGAGAUGAGGGAGCACACGGUGGAGCUGAGCUGUGGGGAACUGGAGGAGCUCGAGCAGUGCAGAGUGCGAGUGCAGGCGGUGCCGAUGGAGAUCCCGCUGCCAUCUGCCCUGGAGAUCAGGCUGACUCCAAGCAGGAGGAGCAUCCUUUUGUCUGCCUUGCCCAGCCUGGACAUCUCCAGGGAGGCACUUCUGGACAAGCUGGAGCUCUUCUUCAGCAAGACAAAGAAUGGGGGCAGUGAGGUGGAGAGCAGGGAGUUCCUGGAGGAUUCUGACCAGGUGAUGCUGACCUUCGUACAGGAUGGAGUGGCAGAGCCGCUGAUUGAAAAAGGACAUAUCCAGGUGCCCAUCGGGAAAGUGGAAUACAAAGUCAAAAUCUCACCAUGCAUGAAUGGAGACAUCUCUAACCUGCAGCUGCAGCCCUCCCGCUGCCCCAGGACGGUGCUGCUGCUGGGCAUCCCCGAUGUGCUGAGCGAGGAGUCCAUGCGGGACGCCCUGGAGAUCCAUUUCCAGAAGGCCAGCCGCGGCGGCGGGGAGGUGGAUUCCCUCGCCUACGUCCCGGCGGGGCGGACGGGGGUGGCCGUGUUCGUGGAGGACACGGACUAGUCCUGGUCAGCCCGAGGAGCUCCGUGCGUCCGUUGGGCACGGGGGAAAUAAAAGCGUUUGUUGGCAGCA